UAUCUUCAUAAAGAUAAGAGAGAGAACGGGAGAAGGAUCGUGCUUACGAGCACAUAGUUUACGAGUUCGAACGCAGUACACAUCCGGUUUCAGCGAGUGUUUAGUGUGAAUUGACGAAAUGAUAAAUAUGAGCUUAAAAGUGAGACAAAGGGAGAAAGAGGAAAGAAAAAAAAUCGUAAAAAGAGAGGCAGAAAUUUAACAAGCAUUGCUGAACACGGAUAUGAUGAAAUAUCAGUUUUUAAAAUAGAAUAAACGUGGUUUGAGUGCGCGACAUAUGCAGAACGUACGAGAUAUUGCUGAUAAAAGUUAAUUUCAUGUUUUAUGAACAUAUGUGUACAUGCGCAUGCGCGUUGCGAAGGUACGAAUACGUACAAUUUCGCUGUCGAACGGUGAUCGUAUUGUGAAAAAUCCGUGCGGAAUAGCGAAAACAAACAACUCGUGUCCGCCAUCUUGUGCCUCUCCAGCUACGUUAAAAAAAGGAAGUGAGAGUGUGAGAGAGAGGGAGAGAAAGAGAGGAAGGAAGAGAGAGAAAGAGUGAGUGAGUGAGAAUUCCGGGGAGCGACGCGUGUGAUUUUUAUUUGGUGAGGAAGAAAAAAAGUGUAAGCAGAGGUGACCAACGGUCACCGAAUGUGGUCAAAUUCGCAAAAUACACGAAUAGGGAGGACUGCGAGAGAACUCGAAGUAAAAGAGGCGAGGUAGCAUUGUGCUCAGAAGGAGGUUCGUAGGGUACCCCACCAUUUAUUCCCCCUUCCCUUUUGCCCUGAAUCCCGAGAUUAUUGCGCAGUUAGAAAAUUCAUUGAAUAUAAAGACCGCCGAAAACUUGGUUGCAUCUUUAGAAAGUAGCCCGCGGACAUCGUAUGACGGGUUGGUUGACUUCGUGAGUGAUAGAAAGGACGAAAGUAUUAUAAAGAAGCCAUGACGAAUUCGGUACCAAAAUUGAAGAACAAAGUAGACCGGCAGGGUUCGCCGAAUGUCGGUGUGGAACGAUAUCAUCACCGUUCAAGUGCAAUCAAAUCGUCAACAUUUUUCCACAACAGUGGAAGAUCUCAUGGCAGAAAUUCAACCGGCAGACUAACCUGCAGCCCACACGGUUUGUCAAAGGGUUCGAGAACUUCGCCGUUGCGAUGUGAUUACAGUCCGCGCGGCAGUCCAACAAACAGUUUCUAUGCGGGUGCAAAGUUUUCUGAACCGCCAUCUCCUGCGAGCCUUCCGAAACCACCGAGCCAUUGGACUACGAGACUGAUGAGCAGUUGUCAACAAUCCGACAGGAGUUGCGAUAUUUCAAAGCAUCUGAAAAUGAUACUAAACGUCCAAGCCUGAUACCUAAAGACCAACAAACCGCUAAAAACGGUUACCAGCUCCUAAAAGCAAAGAGACAGGUACGAUAUUAUCGUUCCCCUACUCUUGAAUUUAAGGAUGUAUUUUUUCUCUUGUAUGUGAUGUCAAGCUGUUCGUUUUAAACAUAACAAACAAAAAAACAGAAGUGUUUAUAACUGCGCGAUAACACAAUCUCUUAAGAACGAUACGCGAUUAAUAUUGCAACAAGAAAAACAGGGCACCAGCGUCUUCAGUUUCAUGGUAUCAGAUGCUAAGGAGAUGAAGAAAAAACAAACCAGGAUUCGUUGUUUAAAACUAUACAAAACAUAUAAACAUUGAGUAUGAAAGACGCAGGUGCGUCUGCCGUGAACCAUGAUUCAAGUAUAUGGUAACUUGUAACAAUUCUAUUAUGCGCCGUCUAUGAAGAUAUAAACGUAUGUAUUUUAGAUUAUUAUUAUAUAUGAUUAACUUGCAGAGACGCAUACACAUACACAAAUACAUAAACACUAUUAUAUUAUCUGUUUGACGAAAUGGUACGAAGACAUAGGCAAAGCUGCAUUAGCUAUUUUUAAAAACAAUAGCUAUAUACUCUUUAUUUUUCUUUUUUUUUUUGUUUAAAUCAAAAUUGCUACAUCCUAGCACUGUUGAUUAUUGACAGUAUGUUUUAUUCUUUUUUCAAUUGCAACCCGGAAUUCUUUCCAAAAUAGUUAUUUAAAUCUUUACACAAGAUGUAUGCUAAUUGCUUUUUUCCCUCAUUGAAAGAUACUUUAUAUUUACAACAUAAGUGGUAAACUUUAAGUAUUAUAUAUAUUCAUCUACUGCUCUUUAGCAUAAACCUAAGUAUCGAUUAAGUGUAUAUCAGACUAAUUAUUAUUCCUAUGUAACUGCUUGCCUCCCAGGUUCAGUUAAGUUGUCAAUAGUUUUGGUAGAAUCCAAUGUUCAAUGAAUCAUAAGGACAUAAUCAAAUUAUCCUUGAAAGAUUUACCAGAGCAAAAUUUGUUGGUUUCUAUUUAUCUUCUUUUACUAUCGAAGGUAUCCUUACUCGUUUUGCAGCUUUGCAAUAGUUCUGCAAAGCAUUACAUAAGAUUUAAGUGACGUGUUUCCAGCGUGCAUACAGAUGAGAUCCCAUAAUUCAUCAAUGGAAAAAUGGGAUUAAAUUGUGUGAAUGAACGAUAGUGAAAAUAAUCUGAUAUAUGCUUGAU